UGGCAACGCUGUAACCUCAAAAAACUGUAGGCUGUCACUGUCUGUUAUUUGCUUAUGUUUACGUUCUACUGCUAUAAUUCAAAAAAUAUCCUGAAGACAAUGGAUAUAACUAAAUUAUAACACCAUAGAUUGGUUUUCUAUGUUGGAGACAGAGAGAUAUGAUGCUUUGAAUGUAAUUUUCACGUUCACAAUAUGGAGCUCGGUGAGCAAACUUUGAAGGUCAAGCAUGAGCCCUAUGAGGAAAUAGAAAUAGACAGUGCUAGUGUAAAAGUUGAGAAUGAAGAUCUCAACGAAUCUGUCUGUAUCAAGUCCGAGAGGGCUAAAACCAGUACUCAAGAAGCAACUGACUCCACUUUUGAAUUUGUGGGGCUUGAGAUUGCUAAUGGUGUAUGUCAAUCUACAACUGACAAAAUAGAAAUCAAGACUGAACCACCAGAAAUAGCUAGAGAAGAUUGGAGUUUGCUGCAAAGUUCACAUACAUGUUACUCAGCAUGUCCAAGAAUAAAAGUAGAGCAGACCAAAGAAGACUGGGAUAAGACAGCUGCCAACAAAGAAGCAAGUAAGGAAAUUAAAUUGGAAGACAAUGCAAAGGUCAAAUGUGAAGAUAUGGAAAGUUUGGAACAGAAUCAACAACUAGAUAUUGACAUGAAGAUCGAUCCAUCAGCCCUGUCUGCAGAACUAGAGCUUGAAAGUGACGCGAAAGAGAAAAACUGCAGAAAACAACUUGUUAUGGACACAGAAGCUGGAGGAAAUCUGUACACUUGUUAUAACUGUGCAUAUGAUACCAAUUCUAAAAAUGAUCUACUGCAUCACCUUAAUGAUAACAGUUGUAAUAUGUAUGAAGUUCAAACUACUUUGCAUAGGAAAAAGAAAAAAAGGAGCUUCACAAUUGAGAUUAAGCGUGAAAAAUGGCUACAAAAACAGCAUGCUUCCAGUAGCUCUGGCCUUGAAACAGAUAGGGAAUGUUCUGAGAGCGAGCUGAUCAAAAAUCCACUUGGCUACGGAUCGGUUACAUUUGAAAAAUUUGCAUGUGAAUACUGCGAUUUUAAAACAAUCAGGCACUAUACUUUGAAGGAGCAUCACAAAAAACAACAUAGUGGUGCCUUCUUCGCAAAAUGUCAGUAUUGUGACUACAAAGCAAACUAUAUAUAUAUUUUAAAGAAGCAUGUGGAAAGAGUUCACGAUAUCAGUACUUGUUCACAUUGUGGGGAAAUUUUGAAGACUCAUAUGUCGCUAGUGUGGCAUAUAUUCAACAAACAUGAGUAUUUUGUUUCCUUCGUGAAUAACUUCUAUGAAUGUUCGAAAUGCUCGUAUAAAUCUCAAGCAAAAAAAUCCGUACAAGAUCAUAUGUUGACACAUUUUGAUGAAGCAAUUUUCACUACUACAGUUUCUCUAAACAAACCAAGUGAUUCGUCCUUGAACUAUAUACAGUGUGUGCAUUGUAAAGCAGCUUUAAAAAACGAACAUGCGUUAGACGCCCAUAUAGUAAGCGCGCAUCCUAAUUGUAUCCCAACACUGUCCUAUAAACUGUAUAAGUGUUCGUUUUGCGAAUUUAAAAUUAUCGGAAAUCCUUAUAAUUUAUUCGAGCACAAAUGGAAACAACAUGGUAUAACUCCUGAUUUUUUCCUCUGUAAAUACUGUUCAGCCGAGUUUAAGAGGAAGAAAGGGUUAGACGAGCAUUUGCUUACAAAGCAUCAUAUUGUAAGUUACUCAGUUAGUGAUGAGCUGCACAAAUGUCCAAACUGUUCGUUCGCAAGCACGAUGGAAAGAAAUUUAGAGAGGCACAUAAGUAAGAAUGAAUGUUAUGCACGUUGUGAACAUUGUAAUUUAGCCUUCAGAGGAAAAUUGCCGCUAGAUGACCAUAUAUUAAAAAAGCAUCCUGACUUUAUAAAAACAAUUACUUCCAACAUAUAUGUAUGCAAGCUGUGUUGGUAUAAAACAACCAUACAGAGGGAGUUUGGUAGACAUUUGACAACACAUUCAAAGGACAGUAUUUGAAGAUCCACCAGAAAAAAACUAGAGGCUUCUAUCUAGUAUUGAUCACAUUAUUAGUAUUAAAUGUGGGGGCACAAGAUCGGCUCUUUCUGUUGACUCCAACACUCUGAUGUGAUGCUCGACCACCAUUAUCACUAUCAAACACCCGGACUGAAUAUCUCAGCUCUUAUGCUGUAAUCUACAAGGAAAAAGCCUAGAUAAUAUCAGGCAAGAGAUUAAGCAAUUAAAGGAAUAAUCCAAAUGUUUUGUUUUAUCGGAAAUACUUCUUAUAAUUGUAUUACAUUUUAACUUUAUCAUUUAUUUUUUGUUAUAUAUUCUUCAACGUCUAUAGAAAUAUAAAGUGCUUCAGACAAAUAUA